AUGGACGACAAGAUUCGCGAGACCUCCCAAGUCGAUGAGGCCAACGGCAACUUCGAUCGAUCGUGGAGAGAGGAACAAUGGGGCGAUCGAAAGUUGAGUGUCGCCGCACACGAUUAUGCUCGAGACGAGAAGGAAAUGACUGUUCGACAAGCCCUAGUGGCGUACAGGAAGGCUAUCCUCUGGUGCCUUGCCAUAUCUACCUGCGUCAUCAUGGAGGGUUACGAUACCAAUCUUCUUGGAAACUUCUACGCAUACCCAUCUUUUCAGAUCAAGUACGGUGACUAUGUAGGGGUCACUAAGCAGACACCGACUGGUUACUCGUUGACAGCUGCCUGGCAGACUGGUUUGGGUCAAGGUGCAGGCUGCGGAUCAAUCAUCGGUACGAUCCUUAAUGGCUGGCUUGUUGCUGCCUUCGGUCCUCGCAAAGUACUUCUCUAUACUCUUUGUGUCAUGAGCUGCUUCCUCUUUAUCGUCUUCUUUGCUCCUUCGAAACAAGUUCUCCUAGUUGGCCAGAUCUUGCUCGGUUUCGAAUGGGGAAUCUUCGCUACCACAGCCCCUGCGUACGCAUCGGAGGUCCUCCCUGUUCAGAUCCGCGUCUACUUCACUUCUUACACCAACAUGUGCUUUAUCAUUGGCCAAUUUAUCAGUGCCGGAAUCCUCAGAGGGCUAGUGAGUCGCAGAGAUCAAUGGGGCUACCGCAUCCCAUACUCUCUCCAAUGGGCCUGGCCAAUUGUCCUGAUUCCCUUGAUAUUCUUUGCACCAGAGUCACCAUAUCAUCUGGUUCGACACAACAGGCUGGAGGAGGCGGAAAAGUCUAUCCGUCGCCUGCAAACGCCAUCUCCGAUGCUGGACCCCAAGCGAACAUUGGCACAGAUUGUCUACACCAAUAAUCUCGAAGAACAGCUCUCUGUUGGCACUACAUACUGGGACUGUUUUAAAGGCUUUGAGCUGCGACGCACUGAAAUCGCAUGUGUUGUCUUUGGAGGUCAGCUGGUAUGCGGUCUGUGCUUCGCUUACGCAUCCACAUAUUUCUUCCAGCAAGUCGGUCUGGACACGGAUGCUGCAUACUCGCUGGGUCUAGGUGCCAAUGCUCUAGCCCUUUUUGCCUGCUUUUGUAACUGGUUUCUGCUUAUGCCUUACUUUGGCCGAAGAACUGUCUACGUUUGGGGCAUGGCUGCCAUGGCCAUUGAGUUGUGCAUCAUUGGAAUCCUCAACCCAUGGACAAACAAAACAUCCGUCGGAUGGGCGCAAGCCAUCAUGACUUUAGUAUGGACCUUUACAUUCCAACUAUCUGCAGGACAACUAGGUUGGGCUCUCCCUGCGGAGAUUGGCUCCACACGUCUCAGACAAAAGACCGUCUGUCUAGCUCGCAACGUGUCUAAUAUUACUGGUGUCAUUGGUGGUACACUCGAAAACUAUUUCAUGAAUCCUAACGCGUGGAAUCUUCAGGGGUAUACAGGAUUUGUCUGGGGUGGAUGUGCAUGGUUGGUCUUUGUUUGGGCGUAUUUCAGACUUCCGGAGACAAAAGACCGAACAUUCCAUGAGCUCGAUAUCUUGUUCGCCAAGAGAUUGCCGGCUCGCAAGUUUGCCACCACUGUCAUUGAUGAAUUCGACGAGCAUCAGCAAAAUCAACUCGCAGAGCAGUACUCCACUGCCGGCCAGCCACCUCGACGACCAUCUGUUCUCCCAUCAGUCACGAACGUCCUCGCAUCUCAUGGGCGUGCGGAAGAUGCUGCAGCUCAGCGCCGAGCUAGUCUUGUCACAAUUACACAGGAGUCUCGUCGACCCUCUAUCGCACCUGCGGUCACUGAGUAUCUGAAAACGCGUUGA